AUGAAUAAUGUUGGUGUGUUGGAGUCAUUAUCUCCAUUGGUUGUGUGUCUUGCAUCGGAACUGAAAUAUUUGGAAAUGGUUUUUCUAAAAAUAGAAUUUUUUGAUCGGCCAAAAAUGAAAAAUAAUUACAUCAUUACAAUAAAAUGGGAAAAUAAUGAGAAAACAAUAGAGAUUUGUAAUCCAACUACACAUUGUAAAUCCAAAUUUUUAUUACCUUUCAAAAUGGAAAACCCAUUCAAUUCCAAUACCCAUAAUAAUUAUAAUUAUAAUAAUUAUAAUAAUAAUAAUUAUAAUAAUAAUAAUAAUUAUUAUAAUAAUAAUUAUAAUAAUAAUUCAAAUAAUAAUAGAAUCUCAAUUAAUGACAUUUUAAAUGAAGGCACUGCGCCAACAACUAAAUCAAUUUGCCAAAACCAAAUCCAUGGUCCUCCAUCUAAAAUUAUUACAAAAGUUUUGGAUUCUAAACCACCAAGGGAAGUUGUUUCACAUGAUAAUCAUUUUAAUCAACCAAAUAAUUUAGAUAACUGUUCUUUCCAAAUUACAAAAGAGGUAAUUAAAAUAUUUAAAUCAAUAAUUAAAUAA